AUGGCCCCCGAGGAGCUCGUGGCUUCCAUGCCUCAGGUCUGAGGCUGAGCCCUGAGUCGUGGCCGUGCCUGACCUCUGAGGUGGCCCCAGCAGACCUUCCGGGUGGCAGGAAUCAUUCCAUACCACACAGCCCCGUGGUGGGGCUGUCCCACAGCUCUGCUCCACACCCCGCACCCCGCUGUGGGCCCUGCACCCUGCACCCUUCCCCAUGCACCCCACCUGCACUCACGCACCCUGCACCCUACACCCCACUGUGUCCUGCACCCUGUAUGCAGCUGUGCCAUGCACCCUGCACCCAGCUGCACCCUGCACCCUGCAUGCAGCUGCAUCCUCUGCACUGUUUUGUGCGCCCUGCGCCCCGCAUCCCCCCCGCACCCCGCAUGCCGCGCACCCUGCGUGCGCCCUGCGCCCUGCGCCCCCUGCGCUCUCCGCGCCGCGCACCCUGCGCCCUUGCACCUUGCACGCACCCUGCGCCCAGCCCCGCCUCUCGCCGCCGAUCCUUGCACCCCGGCAGCUUGCGGGGCCGUACCGAGCCGUGCUGAACCGAGCCGUGCUGAACCGAGCCACACCGAACCGAACCGCACCGCACCGCACCGAGCCCCCGCAGCACCGCGCGCCCCGGGCGGUGGCGACGAGGGAGGAGCCGGCAACGGGGGCGGCGCAGCUCCGAGCCGAGCGGGGCCGAGCCGAGCCGCUCCCCCCCCAAACACCUCCGCCCCUCCCGCCCCGCCCGUGCGGCGGAGGUCGGCGGCGGCGGCGGCGGCGGCGGCGGCGGCGGGGGCGCGGGGAUGGGGCGAUGGCGCGGGCCGGUGGCGGGGCCCCGCGGGAGCUGUCCCUGGAGGAGGUGCUGAAGUGCUACGAGCAGCCGCUGAACGAGGAGCAGGCGUGGGCGCUCUGCUUCCAGGGCUGCCGCGCCGCCGCCGCCGCCCCCGCCGCGCCCCCCCGCACCGCAGACAUCCUACUCCGAGCCGACGGGACCGUGGGGCUCCCGGCACCGCCGCCCGAGCUACCCCUGCUGCUGACACCCGCUGCUGAAGCACAGAUGGUGCAGUCCUUGGGCUUCGCCAUCUACCGGGCGCUGGACUGGGGGCUGGACGAGAACGAGGAGCGGGAGCUGAGCCCGCAGCUGGAGCAGCUCAUCGACCUGAUGACCAACAGCGACUCGGAGGACAGCGGCUGCGGCACGGCCGAUGAGGGCUAUGGGGGGCAGGAGGAGGAGGAGGAGGGCGGCGAGGGGCCGCCGCGGGCCGUGCGCACCUUCGGGCAGGCCAUGCGGUGCUGCGCCGCGCGCCUCGCUGACCCCGCCGAAGCCCAGGCUCACUACCAGGCCGUGUGCCGGGCUCUCUUCGCCGAGACCGUGGAGCUCAAAGCUUUCCUGGCCAAGAUCCGCGAUGCCAAGGAGAUGCUGCAGAAGCUGAACGAGGAUGAGGAGGCAAAGGAGAGGCCGUCUGCAGAGCUGGGCAGCCUGCGCAACACAGACUGGGCCCGGCUGUGGGUGCAGCUGAUGCGGGAGCUGCGGCACGGCGUGAAGCUGAAGAAGGUGCAGGAGAAGCAGUUCAACCCGCUGCCCACCGAGUACCAGCUCACCCCCUUCGAGAUGCUCAUGCAGGACAUCCGCGCGCGCAACUACAAGCUCCGCAAGGUCAUGGUGGAUGGUGACAUCCCGCCCCGGGUGAAGAAGGAUGCCCACGAGCUCAUCCUGGACUUCAUCCGCUCCCGGCCCCCGCUCAAGCAGGCAUCAGAGCGGCGGCUGCGGCCCCUGCCCCAGAAGCAGAGGACACUGCACGAGAAGAUUUUGGAGGAGAUCAAGCAGGAGAGGAAGCUCCGGCCCGUGGAGACGCAGUACCGGGGCCAGAAAGGCUACAGCUCCCUGCCCUGCAUCCCCCACGCCUGCUCCAGCCACCUCACCUCCAGCUCCUGCAUCGACCUCUCCGCGCCGGAGGCCAGCACCGUGCCCCCGCGCCCGCGGCCCCGCGUCCUGCUCAAGGCGCCCACGCUGGCCGAGAUGGAGGAGAUGAACAUCUCCGAGGAGGAGGACUCACCAGGAACAGAGCCCGGUUUGGGGCUGCCCAUGAAGCGGGACCGCUCCUUCUCGGAGCAGGACCUGGCCCAGUUCCAGAGCGAGCUCAGCAGCAGCCAGGCUGCACCCGAGGUGCUGGGGCCACUGGAGCCCGAGCCCCGACCCCGCUCAGGUACCUGCACCCCGUGGCCACCCCAGAAGCCCAGCCGUGCACCAGGAUCUCCAUCCCAUUGCAGCUCGGUCCCCGCCAGCUACCACCCGGUGCCGUACGGCUCUGCGCCGCCCCGUGCUGCCCUGGGCUCCGUGGAGGAGAGGCCAGAGGACGGCCCCAGCGCUGCCCCCAGCAGCAGCUCCAAGCACCUGUGGCUGGAGUUCAGCCACCCCGUGGAGAGCCUGGCCCUCACGGUGGAGGAGAUGAUCAACGUGCGCAGGGUGCUGGUCAAGGCCGAGAUGGAGAAGUUCCAGCAGAGCAAGGAGCUCUACAACAGCCUGAAGAAGGGCAAGGUCUGCUGCUGCUGCCGCACCAAGUUCCCCCUCUUCUCCUGGCCCUCAGCUUGCCUCUUCUGCAAGCGGUCCGUCUGCACCUCCUGCAGCCUGAAGAUGAAGAUGCCUUCCAAGAAGCUGGCUCACAUCCCCGUCUACGCACUGGGCUUCGAGAGCCUCCCGGGAUCGCUGCUGGCCAAAGCCCUGCCGCUGCGCAGGAGGGAAACCUUCCACUCGCUGCAGGGCCCGGGCUGGCGCCGCGUGGAAGAGGAAUUCCCCCACAUCUACGCCCAGGGCUCGGUCCUGCGCGACGUCUGCAGCGACUGCAGCGGCUUCGUCACCGACGUCGUCUGCUCCAGCCGCCGCAGCGUGGCCGUCCUCAACGCCGCGCCGCGCCGAGCCGCCCGCUGCGAGUCCUGGUACAAGUGAGGGCCCGGCGCCGGCCCCGCCGGGAUGUACAUAUCUAUAUAUAUAGGGACAGACACACGGACGGACACACAGCCUCUAUAUUUAUAUACCUGACGGACCACGGGGGUGUAGGGCCCGCGGCAGGCCGGCCCCGUAUCCCCCAGCCCACGUCCCCCGGGGAGCCACCCGUCCCCGCCGCUGAGGGGACGCUGGCACGGCCCUUUGGGGACGGGGACGCCCUCCCCGGGGCAUCCUCAGCCCCCCCAGCCCCGCUGCAGUGCCAAGGCCUGGCGGGGCUGGGAUGCCUUACGGCCCCGCAGCGCUCUGUACAUAGCGGCCCCCGAAAAUAAACCAUCCCGGGCUGCCCCUCGGGGCCACA